AUGCGCGACAAAAACUUGAGGAAGCUGGCAAAAUGCGUGCUGCCCUACAAGGAACAAAAUGAGCGACAGGAAACAUACGAACUCAUGCCGCUUCCAGGUCCGGCUCCAGAUCCGAAUUUACACAAGUUCGAGGAGGUUCCUAUAAAGAUCAAGUCCAAACGCGUCAGGUUCAUCAGGAGACUUACAAAGCAACCACGAUUAUACAAACGUGUGCCAGUUCCAAAUCCGACUUUUCUCCAAUUCGCAAGGUUGCCCGAUAAGAUCAAGUCCAAAAUUUGGCGAGAGUUUUAUUUGGAGCCUCGAUACUAUAUCGCAGAACUUCAUCCAAAAGACGAUGAGAUAGAAGGCGAGGACUACGACUGGGAAUUUAAAUCUUGCGAUGGGGAAUCGUCCGGCGAAGAGCCUUUCGAAGAGAGCACUCCGAAAGAGAACUCUCCCAAAGAGAGCAUUCCUGAAGAGAAAAUUCCUGAAGAGAAUGUCUCCAAGAAGAGUACUCCUGAGGGUAGUACGUCAAACAUCGGUACUCCGCAAACCGAUGCCCUGAAUACCAAUGAUCCUAAGGGGCAACCAUAUGACGAGUAUCUAUCUGAUGAGUAUAGUUCUGAGGAGGAUGAAGCUGCUGAGGAUGAAGUAGCCGAGGAUGGGACUGACGUGAAUGGGGCUGCGGCUGCUGAGAAUGGAGUUGUUGAGCAUGGAGCUGCGGAGGAUACAACUAUCAACGAUUUAUUCGACGAGCUAGGACCCGACGAAGCAGACGAUAAGAUAGACAACGUGGAGGGCCGCGAUUCCACUGAUCUUCCCAUUUGGCCAUCGAGUAACAGCACAGAGCCACUCAACGAGGAAGACGAGGAAGACGAGGAAGCAGACAAACCGACACACCGCGCUGUAUUCUGGACCCUGUCCAGACAUGAUGCAGAGUACUCGAAUGGCUACUAUGACUCCAUCGACACGACGAUCGAUGUUUUAUCGAGGCCUGUGGCCCAAAGCGUCAGGCCGCGAUUCUGGUUCUCAACAUUUGUCCAGGACGAGCUCGAGGAGGGCGAGGAAGGUCCCUGGAUGCCGAUUCCUCCACCGAAAGAUUCGUCAGCAGAAACGGGAGAGAUUGUCAGCAUCAACUGGGACAUUGACUUUGUCCACGUUAAGGUGCGCUUCCGCACAUGUGUCCCAGAAAGCAUCGACUGGAUGCAAAACAUUCAAAACCUCGUCAUCGACACGAAGCCUUUCAUAGCGCGUCGUCCACAGCAUGUCACAGACACAUGUUUCUGGAUGUGGACCAACAAAGCAACGCUUUCAAACCUCAAAAGUAUCCGACAAAUUGCUGCUCCGGAGUACCAAGUCCCAUUUUGGCAUACCGAGUGGUGUCACUACCAGAUGAGACACCUUCUCCGUUUCGCACCGGGAACCCCUCCUCAGUGGCGCAAUAUCCAGUCCGAACUGGUGUCUGACGAGUUCUGGGUGCCUCCUGACAGCUUACCUCGACAACCCUAA